AUGUCCAAGAACACUACCAGCGACAAGCGCACUCCCUGGGUCCCUUACUGCCGCGGCAGCAAGCAAGGACAGAACCGCGACCUGCCGUGCGUCUUCAGCGGAAACAUCUACCAAGUGUGCAACUUCUGCAACAUGCAGCGCGGGCUUAGCGGAUACAUUCCAGACUCGAAGCGGAGUGCUCGAGGCUAG